AUGUCAAAUAUGAAAAGUGAUUUUUAUGACUUGUUAUAACCCCUUAAAGGUAUAGAUGCUUAACUAUUCAAUUUAAUCAUUGAAAUGCUCUUAAAGGAAAGAGUUUCAGAUUCACUAGAAUACCUUUCAAAAUAAUUAUAUCAGCUACAUUUGGAAAAAUGCAUUUUUUUAAGUGAUAGUAUAUAAUGUUUUGAUAAGUGGUGGAAGCUUUGUACCACAAAAAGUAACAUUUAGAAAGUUACUAAUAUUCUCCAAUAAAUCGCUGCGCAUGACUUUAAUAAAAAUAAUUAUUCAACUAAUGAUUAUAAAGAAACUAAAGAAAUUAUAAUGAAGAAAAUACAAAAUUAAGAGAAGAUUAUCAAAUUUUUAUAAUUUCUAGUACUUCUCACAAGUGUAGAUGACAGAUUUAUCUAAUGUGGAUCAAAUUCUCUUCAUUUCUUAGUUUAAAUGAAGAUUGAUUUAAGAACAAAAUCUUUUGAAAAUGUUAAAAUUAAAAAUAUUUCACUGGUAGGAGCAAACUUUGUAAAAUGUGACUUUAGUGGAUCCUAAUUUGAUAAUGUCGAUAUUAGUGGAAUAAAUUUUAAUGGAUCCAGAUUAUUUAAUUGUAAAUGGAAAAAUUUAAGAUUAAAUGAGGAAAUAUAGAUAGAUGUGCAUGGUGGUAUGGCUAAUUCAAUUUGCUUUUCACAAGAUGGCAAUUUCAUAGCGUUUAGCAGUAAUGAUAAUUCAAUUCAUUUGUGGAAUUUAAAAAUACGAAAAUCAUAGUCUUUAUUAUUGAAAUAGAAAAACGUGAAAUCAGUCUGCUUCUCUCCUAAUGGUAAUAUAUUAGCUUUUUGCAGCGGCUAUUAUGUGUAUUUAUAGAAUCUUAUAACAAGUAAAUAAUUGUUGAAAUUGAUGGGUCAUACUGGUUUUGUAAUAACACUUUGUUUCUCUCCAGAUGGUUUUAUAUUAGCAUGUGGAAGUUAAGAUUAAACCAUCUAUUUAUGGAAUAUUAAGACAGCAUAAUAAAAAGCAAGGUUAUAUGGUCAUACUGGUUAUGUUAGAUCAGUCUGUUUCUCUCCUGAUGGUACUAUAUUAGCAUCUGGUAGUGAUGAUCUCUCCAUCCGUUUAUGGAAUGUUAAGAGAGAAUAAUAAAAAGCCAAAUUAGAUUUUCAUACUCAUAUGGUUAUGUCUGUCUGUUUCUCUCCUGACGGCACUAUAUUAGCAUCUUGUAGUUAUGAUAAUUUUAUUCUUUUAUGGGAUGUCAAGACAGGGUAAUAAAAAGUUAAAUUACAUGGUCAUACAAGCAGUGUAAAUUCAGUCUGUUUCUCUCCAGAUGGUACUACAUUAACAUCUAGUGGUUCAGAUCAUUCUAUCCGUUUUUGGGAUGUUAGGAAAGGAAAAUAAUAAGCUAAAUUGGAUUGUAUUACUAGCAUUGGAAAUUCUGUCUGUUUCUCUCCAGACAGUACUAUAUUAGCAAUUAGUAGAUAAGAUAACUCCAUCGUUUUAUGGGAUGUCAAGACCAGAUAUUAAAAUGGCAAAGAUGGUCACCGUGAUAGUGUGAGAUCAGUCCAUUUCUCUCCAGAUGGCAUUACAUUAGCAUCUGGUAGUUAUGAUAAGUCUAUCUGUUUAUGGAAUGUUAAGUCAGGAUAAUUACAAGCGAAAUUAGAUGGUCAUACUCAUUAUGUAAAUUCAGUCUGUUUCUCUCCUGAUGGUACUACUUUAGCAUCUAGUAGUAAUGAUAAAUCUAUCCUAUUAUGGAAUGUUAAGACAGGAUAAUAACAAGCAAAAUUGGAUGGUCAUACUCAUAAUGUCAAUUCAGUUUGUUUCUCUCCUGAUGGUACUACAUUAGUAUCUAGUAGUAAUGAUCUCUCUAUCUGUUUGUGGAAUGUUAAGACAGGAUAAUAGCAAGCAAGAUUGGAUGGUCAUACUAGCACUGUAAAUUCAGUCUGUUUCUCCCCUUUCGGUACUACAGUAGCAUCUGGUAGUGGAGAAUUUAUGGGUAAUGAUAACUCUAUCCGCUUAUGGAAUGUUAAGACAGGAUAAUAGAAAGCCUAAUUGAAGGGUCAUACUCAUGCUGUCAUGUUUGUUUGUUUUUCUCCUGAUAGUACUUCAUUAGCCUCUUGUAGUAGAGAUAACACUAUUGGAUUAUGGGAUGUUAAAACAAGAUAGCAAAAAGCCAAAUUAGAUGGUCAUACUAAUAUUGUUUAUACAAUUUGUUUCUCUCCGAAUGGUACUACAUUAGCCUCUUGUAGUAGAGAUAACUCUAUUCGAUUAUGGGAUGUUAAAACAAGAUAGCAAAAAGCCAAAUUAGAUGGUCAUACUAACAUUGUUUAUUCAAUUUGCUUCUCUCCUAAUGGUACUAUAUUAGCAUCUGGAAGUAGCGACAACUCUAUCCGUUUCUGGGAUGUUAAGCCUAGAUAUUAAAAAGCUAUAUUGCGUGGCCAUAUUAGCACUGUAUGGUCAACCUGUUUCUCUCCUUCUGGUACUAUAUUAGCAUCUGGUAGCGAUGAUAAGUCUAUCUGUCUAUGGAAUGUUAAGACAGGAUAAUAAAAAGCUAAAUUGGAGGGUCAUACUAGCACUGUAAAUUCAGUCUGUUUCUCUCCUGAUGGUACUACAUUAGCAUCUGGCAGCUAAGAUAGUUCUAUCUGUUUAUGGGAUAUUAACCAUGGUUUACUAAAAGCCAAGUUAGAUGGUCAUAGUAAUGCUGUCAAUACAGUCUGUUUCUCUCUUGAUGGUACUACUUUAGCAUCUGGUAGUGGAGAAUUGAUGGGUAAUGAUAACUCUGUCCGUUUAUGGAAUGUUAAGGCCGGAUAAUAAAAAGCCAAAUUAGAGGGUCAUACCAGCACUGUAAAUUCAGUCUGUUUCUCUCCUGAUGGUACUACAUUAGCAUCUAGUAGUAAUGAUAAAUCUAUCCGUUUAUGGNUAAGACAGGAUAAUAGCAAGCAAGAUUGGAUGGUCAUACUAGCACUGUAAAUUCAGUCUGUUUCUCCCCUUUCGGUACUACAGUAGCAUCUGGUAGUGGAGAAUUUAUGGGUAAUGAUAACUCUAUCCGCUUAUGGAAUGUUAAGACAGGAUAAUAGAAAGCCUAAUUGAAGGGUCAUACUCAUGCUGUCAUGUUUGUUUGUUUUUCUCCUGAUAGUACUUCAUUAGCCUCUUGUAGUAGAGAUAACACUAUUGGAUUAUGGGAUGUUAAAACAAGAUAGCAAAAAGCCAAAUUAGAUGGUCAUACUAAUAUUGUUUAUACAAUUUGUUUCUCUCCGAAUGGUACUACAUUAGCCUCUUGUAGUAGAGAUAACUCUAUUCGAUUAUGGGAUGUUAAAACAAGAUAGCAAAAAGCCAAAUUAGAUGGUCAUACUAACAUUGUUUAUUCAAUUUGCUUCUCUCCUAAUGGUACUAUAUUAGCAUCUGGAAGUAGCGACAACUCUAUCCGUUUCUGGGAUGUUAAGCCUAGAUAUUAAAAAGCUAUAUUGCGUGGCCAUAUUAGCACUGUAUGGUCAACCUGUUUCUCUCCUUCUGGUACUAUAUUAGCAUCUGGUAGCGAUGAUAAGUCUAUCUGUCUAUGGAAUGUUAAGACAGGAUAAUAAAAAGCUAAAUUGGAGGGUCAUACUAGCACUGUAAAUUCAGUCUGUUUCUCUCCUGAUGGUACUACAUUAGCAUCUGGCAGCUAAGAUAGUUCUAUCUGUUUAUGGGAUAUUAACCAUGGUUUACUAAAAGCCAAGUUAGAUGGUCAUAGUAAUGCUGUCAAUACAGUCUGUUUCUCUCUUGAUGGUACUACUUUAGCAUCUGGUAGUGGAGAAUUGAUGGGUAAUGAUAACUCUGUCCGUUUAUGGAAUGUUAAGGCCGGAUAAUAAAAAGCCAAAUUAGAGGGUCAUACCAGCACUGUAAAUUCAGUCUGUUUCUCUCCUGAUGGUACUACAUUAGCAUCUAGUAGUAAUGAUAAAUCUAUCCGUUUAUGGAAUGUUAAGACAGGAUAAUAACAAGCGAAAUUGGAUGGUCAUACUCAUUAUGUCAUGUCUGUCUGUUUUUCGCCUGAUAAUAACACAUUAGCAUCUGGUAGUAAUGAUAAAUCUAUCCGUUUAUGGAAUGUUAAGACAGGAUAAUAACAAGCGAAAUUGGAUGGUCAUACUCAUUAUGUCAUGUCUGUCUGUUUUUCGCCUGAUAAUAACACAUUAGCAUCUGGUAGUAAUGAUAAAUCUAUCCGUUUAUGGAAUGUUAAGACAGGAUAAUAACAAGCGAAAUUGGAUGGUCAUACUCAUUAUGUCAUGUCUGUCUGUUUUUCGCCUGAUAAUAACACAUUAGCAUCUGGUAGUAAUGAUAAAUCUAUCCGUUUAUGGAAUGUUAAGACAGGAUAAUAACAAGCGAAAUUGGAUGGUCAUACUCAUUAUGUCAUGUCUGUCUGUUUUUCGCCUGAUAAUAACACAUUAGCAUCUGGUAGUAAUGAUAAAUCUAUCCGUUUAUGGAAUGUUAAGACAGGAUAAUAACAAGCGAAAUUGGAUGGUCAUACUCAUUAUGUCAUGUCUGUCUGUUUUUCGCCUGAUAAUAACACAUUAGCAUCUGGUAGUAAUGAUAACUCUAUCCGUUUAUGGAAUGUUAAGACAGGAUAAUAACAAGCGAAAUUGGAUGGUCAUACUCAUUAUGUCAUGUCUGUCUGUUUCUCUCCUGAUAGUAAUACAUUAGCAUCUGGUAGUUAUGAUAACUCUAUCCGUUUAUGGGAUUUUAAAACAACAUAAUAACAAGCGAAAUUACAUGGCCAUACUCAUUAUGUCAUGUCAGUCUGUUUCUCUCCAGAUGGUACUACUUUAGCAUCUGGUAGUGAUGAUAAAUCCAUCCUUUUAUGGUCUGUUAAGAAAGGAUAGCUAGCCAAAUUAGAUAGUCAUACUAGUUAUGUUUAUUAAGUGAGUUUAUCUCCUGAUCGUACUUCACUAGCAUCUGAUAAUUAUGAUGGGUCUAUUCGUCUAUGGAAUAUUACAACAGGACAAGAAAUCUUAACUGAUAACAAACGUUACCAAAAAAUUCUGGCCAAGUUUCCACCCACUAUCUUUUCAACUAGAGAUAGUUGUAUUUAUUUAUUAUUAUGUUAUAGCUACAUCUAAAAUAACUAUUCUACAAAUUUCCUUAUGCACCAACUUUUAAAUCAAUAGAGCUAUAAUUUUGAAAGGGGAAUUUGUUACUUAUUAAGGUUUAGAUCUACAUCCAUUAUUUAAAUCAAAAGGUAGUUUCUUUGUUUUAUGA